AUGGCCAUCUGCAUUACCAUACCCUCGUGGGCCGACCAUGUUGCCAUUUUCAAGACCUCGGGUCUGACGGCCAAGAAGCACCGUUACUACAACGAGGACACAAUCGACCUGGACUUUGACGGCAUGGUUGCCGACAUCAAGGCCAGUCCCAGGGGCAGCAACUUCCUUCUGCACGCCUGUGCCCAC